AUGCCUUCACUCUCCGCAGCCCGGUACGGCAAGGACAAUGUCCGCGUCUACAAGGUUCACAGAAAUGCAGAGACGGGACAGCAGAGCGUCACAGAAAUGACUGUAUGCUGUCUGUUGGAGGGCGAAAUCGACACCUCCUACACAAAGGCCGACAACAGCGUGGUCGUGGCCACCGACUCCAUCAAAAACACCAUCUACAUCAAGGCCCGGGAAAACCCCGUGAACCCCCCAGAGCUCUACGCCUCGAUCCUGGGCCAGCACUUUAUCGACAAGUACCCUCACAUCCACACGGCCCACGUCGACGUGAUCGUGCACCGCUGGACCCGCAUGACCAUCGACGGCCAGCCGCACCCGCACUCCUUCUUCCGGGACGGCCAGGAGACCCGCACCGUCGGUGCCGUGGUUCGCCGUGGCGCCGGCCUCACCAUCCGGAGCGGCAUCUCGGGCCUGUCGGUGCUUAAGAGCACGGGCUCGGCCUUCCACGGCUUUGUGCGUGACGAAUUCACCACCCUCCCUGAGACGUGGGACCGCAUCCUCUCGACCGACGUCGACUGCGGCUGGUCGUGGAAGUCGUUCCCGGACGUCGAGGCCGUCAAGGCCAUCGUUCCCAAGUUCGACCAGGCCUGGGAGGAUGCCAGGUCCAUCACCAUGAAGACUUUUGCUACUGAUGACAGCGCCUCGGUCCAAGCCACCAUGUACAAGAUGUGUGAGCAGAUCCUCGAGGCUGCACCCGAGGUCGAGAAGACGGACUACUCGCUGCCAAACAAGCACUACUUUGAAAUCGACCUCAGUUGGCACAAGGGCCUGGCAAACACGGGCAAGGAUGCCGAGGUUUAUGCGCCCCAGUCGGGGCCCAAUGGCCUCAUCAAGUGCGAGGUUAGCCGUUGA